GACUAUUAAGUGCACAUAUAGAGAAUGUUUCCCGAAUCUUCUAGUACUGAAUGAAUUUGUGCAACAACUGAUCGGAUCAGGCAGUUUCAAUUACCUCCUACUUGUACUAUUUUGGAGUUAACAGAUACUGUUUGUGAUGUGUUAUUAUGUUGUGUAGUAUCACGAACAACUUAGUGUCCCAUAUUAUAAAGGUUUGGUGAAACUCUUGUAAGGCGCACGGUGAUUGAAGCCACACUUUCGAUCUAUAUAAUCUGGUUAUCUGUAAGCUUACCUAGUCAGUUUCACAAGGACUUAAAGUAGAGUGCUGGAUACACAAAACAUUUGGUACCGCUUCGUCUAGAUUGUAUGUGCUACAAACAAGAGCAAAAAUAUAGUGGUAUAGUAACUGUGAAUGCACGGAACAAAAGCUUAUGUUAGUGACUGAGUGGUCAACAGAGCGAAAGGCUACUCAUUUGACCGCUGCUAUGUGCUUGAAAUACAAAUCCAAAAGCCAAUCGUAGCAAGAAAGAGUGAUUUUUUCAAUUGCGAUAUAGCAGUCAAUAUGAGAAUAUACAAUCGUUUUGUUGUUCUUGAUUGAACCAUAUUACUGUAGAGUUUAUACGUAGAUAUAUAAAAACCUAAAAGAAAAAUCAUUGAUUAGGCAGGAUUUGUAGGAAGCACCAGCACUGCAAACAUGGGUAAUAUUUCAUCAUCCAGUACAAAAUUAGCAGAAAAAUGUCCCAUGCUCGAAAAAAGAGAGCUCCCCCUGGUGGCAAAUUCUUUCCGAAUGGCGAGUAAAAACUCCGACAAAUGCAAAGAAGAAGAUCUUAUGAAAUUUUGGGGUUCACAAAUGGACCCACGAUUGGCUCAAUAUAUAACAAACUUUCUUUUCGGACCACUUGGGUCCCGAAUCGGUUUCGUGGAAUUACCCCGAUUUGCCGAACUGUACGUGUACACGGUACGGGGAACGGGGGACGAACGGAUCAAUGUGUUAUUGAGUAGCUUGGGACAUGCACCCGAUGCCGAACCCACCGAUAUAGCCUACCCACUGAUAAAAGAGUAUGUGGAAGCGGUUGUUAGCAGUUAUAUGCGAGCGAUACGACUCGAAGGUGGAGCCGAAUUUAAAUCUUGGGAGUCACGUGGAUUUCGUAUUGUGAAAGAAUGUAUACAAAAAUUAGCUGAAAGUUUAGUUUACGAUGUCGUUCAGCAAGGAACACAGAAAGUAACUCGCACUGAUGCCGAACGAUGGCUUAGCAAAAACCCUAUCUUCCUCAAAAUGCUGGAACACGUGUUCUCUCAUUUAUACAACUACCGAAUUGUUAAAAACAGUUCGGACGAAAAGCGGAAGGACGACACUGACGAUGGCAAGGGCAAAAAGAGGGAGAAUGUUCCACAUCAAGAAGUUUUGCUACAUGCUAUGCUGCCAAUAUGUGAAGGCUUGCAGUACAUGCCCGACUAUCCAGCGUUUACCGAUCUCUCACAAAUGCUAUUUAUCAAUGCAAAUCUUCCAACUGCGCUCCAGCAUAAAUGGCGUUUUCUGUUUUCUUCUCAAAUUCAUGGAGAGAGUUUUUCCACUCUGUUAGGUCGCAUUAUCGAUCAAGGUCCAACUGUGGUUAUAGUGGAAGAUACAAAUGGGCAUAUUUUUGGCGGUUUUGCGACAGAAUCUUGGGCGUUGGGGCCUAACUAUGUUGGAAAUGAUACCUCCUUUCUGUUCACAUUGCGACCGAAAAUGCGUAGCUUUUCUGCUACUGGCUAUAACGACCAUUAUCAAUAUUUGAAUUUGCACCAGCAAACGAUGCCGAAUGGUAUGGGUUUGGGCGGUCAACACAACUACUGGGGUCUGUGGCUAGACAGCGAGUACGGUGUUGGUGAAUGUUCGGAAACUUGUACGACCUACAAAGGGUACUUCCAGAUGAGUGCCACCAGUAAAUUCACCAUCCGAAACGUUGAAGUCUGGGGCGUUGGGGAUAAGCCUGUCAAAGAGACUGAUUCGGAUGAUACUCGUUCUGGAUCUAUUCUGGACUCCAAUGCAGACAGCAAAGCAAUUUUGAAAAUGAGUGGUCGAGAACAAUAUUCCGAUGGGUACAGAGAGGAACCUAAGGAUUAAAAAAAGAAAUCGAACGCCAGAAAGCAACGGUACACAAUGUUUCCGUCGCCUGAAAUCAACUUAGUUGAUGUGUUGGAUACGUUCAAUUUUAAUUUCCUUUAAGUUCUUCGGACAGAAUGAGUAAACUUAUAAUACGUUGUUAAGCUAAAGAGAGCGAGGCCGAGAAUGUCAAGUGCAUAUUUCAUUGUUUUGUUUCCCUAUCUGGCGUUUGCAAAACACGUAUUUGAUUUGCUGUAAACAACUUUCCUCAAUGUUACUAGACAUGAUUUGUAUCUUAGAUACGUAAUUAGUCUAUCAUGCUUAACUAAAACAUCUAGAUGUGAUUUUAAUGCGAUUAUAAUUACCCUGAGCUGAUAGUAGUGUAGACAACAAAAAAGUAGAAAACAAAUAAUUGACAAUUAUAAUGUAAUAAUUUAUGCGAAAUAACUGAAGCACACCUAGAUUAUAGAGCGAAAUAUUGUGUUUGUGCGUAGUUUUACAGUACAUUAGCAGUUCAUUGCAUACAUUGCACAUGAGUGAAUAUCACCGUACAAAAAAAGAAUAAGUUUGAAGAUGUUAUGUAGUGCCAUGGAAAAUCCGAAUCACAAAUUAUAGGAUAUAUCAGACGGAAUUCAGUUUUCACUUGUUUAAAAAAAUAUGCAAGUUGUGAAUGCUGUAGAUACAGGUAUAAGCGCUUCAUGGAAGCUGAAAAGUGAGUGUUAUUUGAUGUCAAUGUGCUACUCAGAUUCGAUUACUCGAACAUUAUUAUGUAUACAAUUAUAAUGACAUCCAGUCUAAUAAA